AUGACAAACUUUACAAAUGACACAGCAGUGGUGCGGGCGGACGAGGAUGACGAUGACGAUGAAGCGGAGAGUGGGCGGAGCGCAAGGGUCCUGCUUGGAUUCGUUCUGUUUGUGCUGAUCGUGUGGACGCUGCUGGGGAACACGCUGGUGUGUGCCGCUGUGGUAAAGUUCCGCCACCUACGUUCCAAAGUCACCAACUUCUUCGUGAUCUCGCUGGCCGUGUCAGACCUGUUCGUGGCUGUGCUAGUGAUGCCAUGGGAGGCGAUGUCAGCUGUGGCAGGGGCGUGGCUAUUUGGGCGUGUGUUCUGUGCUAUUUGGGUGGCAUUUGACAUCAUGUGCUCGACAGCAUCCAUCCUGAAUUUGUGCAUCAUUAGCGUAGAUCGAUACUGGGCCAUCGCGAGCCCGUUCCGCUAUGAACGCAAAAUGACACAGCGUGUAGCCUUCAUAAUGAUUGGUGUAGCCUGGACGCUGUCCGUACUCAUUUCCUUUAUCCCUGUGCAGCUCAACUGGCACGAGGCAGACGAGGAUGAAGACACUAACAUCCUUGGAGAGACAAACUUCAAUGCAAAUGUUAGCAAUGAUAAUUGUAAAGCUAACCUGAACCGUACGUAUGCUAUCUCAUCCUCACUAAUUAGCUUUUACAUCCCAGUGGUGAUCAUGAUUGCUACGUACACGCGGAUUUUCCGAAUUGCACAGACGCAGAUUAGACGGAUUUCCUCGUUGGAAAGAGCAGCAGGACACGAUGGGAGCGGAGAAAAUUCAAACCCGCUGAAAACGGCUUUCAAAAAAGAAACAAAGGUCCUGAAGACAUUGUCCGUCAUUAUGGGCGUGUUUGUGUGCUGCUGGCUGCCGUUUUUCGUGCUAAACUGCGUGGUGCCAUUCUGCCAAUGCGUCAGUGACACCACCUUUGCAGUCUUUGUCUGGUUUGGCUGGGCCAACUCCUCACUCAACCCUGUAAUCUACGCCUUCAAUGCUGACUUCCGCAAAGCUUUCUCCUCCAUCCUGGGCUGCCACAAACUGUUCCCCAGCACAACUGUCGAGGCCGUGAACUUCAGCAAUGAGCUUGUGUCUUACCAUCAUGACACGACGCUGCAGAAAGAAGCUCCGCCUCCAAUUCCUCCCAAAGAGGAAGAGCGUGCUCUGCGAGCUCGUAAGACUUCCUCUCUGAGCUCCUCCUCUUCCUGUGUCGGAGUGGGCGGAGUAUUUCGUGAUCACACGCAUGUGCUGCUACCUAGCGUGGGCCGGUGCGAGUGUGACGCAGAGAUCUCGCUGGACACCAUCACGCCAUUCACCUCCACCGCCAUGAUGGAGUGCGGCGGGAUCCCGGGACAGAUCAUCAACGAGUGA